GCGGCUGUUUUGAUGUGGGAUCGGGGCGCUGAGACCCGGGCGCAGCUGGGGAGCGAUGGAUCGGUACCUGCUCCUGGUCAUCUGGGGGCAAGGAAAAGUGCCCUCGGCGGUGGGUGGGCAGCCGGAUCGCCCGCCAGGGUCGUCGUCCUCGGAGGGAGCCGAGAAGCAGCCGGACUGGACAGCAGCAAAUGUUUAUCACCUUCUGAAAAGAAGAAUUUAUGCUUCAAUUAAUCCAGAAGAUAGUACUUUCCCUGCCUGUUCAGUGGGCGGUGUACUUGGCUCCAAGAAGUGGUUCUUUGCAGUGCAAGCCAUAUGUGGAUUUUAUCAGUUUUGUAGUUCUGACUGGGAAGAGAUACAUUUUGGUACAGAAAAAGAUGAAAUUGAAGAUCUUCUACAAACCAAUAUCGAAGAAUGUCUGAGUGCUGUUGAGUGUUUUGAGGAAGAAGAUAAUAAUAGCAGGGAGUCCUUAUCCUUGGCUGAUCUAUAUGAAGAAUCUGCAGAAAACUUGCAUCAGUUAUCAGACAAACUUCCUGCUCCUGGUAGAGCAAUGAUAGACAUAAUACUGUUGCCCUCUGACAAAGAUCCUCCUAAAUUAAAAGACUGUUUGCCUACUGUUGGAGCAUUAAAACAUUUAAAAGAAUGGUAUUCAGCAAAAAUUACCAUAGCAGGAAAUCAUUGUGAAAUAAAUUGUCAGAAAAUUGCAGAAUACCUUUGUGCUGAUGUUGUAUCUUUAGAAGAUCUCGGGAAUGCUGUUGACUCAAAGGAAUUAUGGAGGGGCAAGAUCCAGAUAUGGGAAAGAAAGUUUGGAUGUGAAAUUUGUUUUCCUGAAUUCUGUUUAAAGGGAGUUGCACCUAAGAGUUUUAAUACAUCUAACUUAAAUACUUGCUUUCUUGACAAAAAGAUAAUUCCAUCGAAGGAUAAGACUUGUUUACCAAAGGUUUUCCAUUAUUAUGGCCUAGCUUUAGAAUUUGUGCAGCUGAUAAAAUUAUCAGACCUACCCUCCUGCUAUCUGUCGGACAUUGAAUUCGAGUUAGAACUGACAAAAAACAGUACCAAGAAGAACUCCAUGUUAUUGUUGGAGCAGAUUUCUUCUCUAUGUGGCAAUGUUGGUGCACUUUUUGUAUUGCCAUGUACUAUUAGUAACAUACUUAUUCCACCUCCCAGCCAACUCAGUUCAAGAAAAUGGAAGGAAUACAUAGCUAAAAAGCCUAAGGCAAUCAGUGUUCCAGAUGUUGAAGUGAAAGGAGAGUGUUGUAGCUAUUACCUCUUGUUACAAGGUAAUGACAGUAGAAAAUGCAAAGCCACACUGAUUCACUCAGCCAACCAGAUCAAUGGCUCGUUUGCCCUCAGUUUCAUUCACGGAAAGAUGAAAGCAAGGACAGGAGAAACCCAACUGGGUAUUCCUUUUGACUUCUUGUCGCUUCCACAUUUUUCUGGAGAGCAGCUUAUAGAAAGAGAGAAGCAGUUAGCCAGAGUUCAAGCUCUGGCUUUGAAAGAAUGCCUGAAGAGGAGAAAGUUGGCAGAGCAGCCCGAAGUGGUUUCUGUUGAUGAACUCAAAAGUCUGUUAACACUCACAAGGGAACACUUUUUAGAUCAUUUUGAAACUAUUAAUCCUAAAACAAUUCUAAGAAAAACAGACAAAAUUAUUACCUCCAACCUGUUAAAUGACACCUGUCCAGUGGAUUCUAUUUCUUCAGGUCUAGUGGAAACCAAUCCUCUGGAAUGGCCAGAAAGGCAUGCUCUUCAAAAUUUAGAAACAUUUGAAAAAGCUAAACAAAAAAUGAGAGCUGGUUCAUUUCCUCAUUCAUCUGAACAGUUGCUGGGCCACAAGGAGUGUGCACGGGAUUCGACCACAUUAUUGGAUGCUAAAGAAUUGCUGAAAUUCUUUACCUCAGAAGGAUUACCAGUUGGAGAUCUUCAGCCUUUACACAUUCAAAGGGGGGAAAAGACUUUUGUUCUGACCCCAGAACUCAGUCCUCGGAAACUUCAAGUUUUACCUUUUGAAAAAGCCUCAGUGUGUCAUUAUCAUGGAAUUGAAUAUUGCUUGGACGAUCGAAAAUCUUUAGAAAGAGAUGGGGGAUUUUCUGAACUUCAGUCUCGUCUUAUUCGUUAUGAAACUCAAACUACUUGCACCAGAGAGAGUUUUCUAGUGCCCACUGUGCUGAGCCCUCUCCCAUCUCCUGCGGUUCUAUCCGAGCCUGGAAGUGUCCCUGACGGAGAAGCUUUACAGAGUGAACUCCGGACUGAAGCAUCCCGGUUGAAAAGGAGAUCGAGAGACCUGAACUGCCUGGGUCCCAAAAGAAGACUUGUGAAAUCUGAAAGUUCAGAUUCUCUUCUUUCUCAGAUGAGUGGCAAUACAAAUCACCACCACCAUGCAGUGACAUCCAAAAAGCCACAGCCUGAGAGAGCAUUAUCUAUGACUUGUCCAUCUGUUCCUGUUCAUAGCUAUAAAACUCCAAGAGUCACCACAAAGGCCAGUUCAGGUCAAAAAAGUGUGCAUGAAUCAAAGGCACUGAGGCAAACUAAGGAGUCAAGGUCACAGAAACAUACACGGAUGUUGAAAGAAGUGGUUACUGAAACCCUGAAGAAGCACAGUAUCACCGAGGCGCACGAGUGCUUCACGGCCUGCAGUCAGCGUCUCUUUGAGAUCUCGAAGUUCUACCUUAAGGAUCUUAAAACGUCAAGGGGUCUAUUUGAAGAAAUGAAGAAAACCGCAAACAACAAUGCUGUACAGGUGAUUGAAUGGGUAUUAGAAAAGACAAGCAAAAAAUAACAGAAUCAUUCUCCUUGGACAAUUGUUAAUUGGGCAAGCUAUUACUCACUACUUCCUCUCUUAUUUUGAAUAUUAUAAACAAAUUUCAGACUUUAUUCAAAGAAUAGAUGUUACAUCUGUAAAGAAUUUCAUAAAUAAUCCCAUAUUUAUAUAGUUUUGAGGAUGCUCAGUUAAUCUAUUUUUAAUUAUAUAUAUAUAUAAUAUAUAUAUAUAUAUUAUAGUUUCAUUAUAUUUUAAAUUUUUAAAGUUAAUAUUUGUAUAUAUAUUUUGAAAUUUUUACUGUUGGUUAUUUAAUUAUUCCAAUAAAUGGAAAAAGAUGUUUCUUUACUUCUUAGUAAAUGUCUUUUUUCUUAGGUCUAUUUAAAUUAUUGAGCCCCAAGUAAGAGAGUGCAAAUGACUUUUCUCAUGUGUUUCAACAGCAUAAUUUAUUGGACAGCUUCUGAUUUAGAAAGUAUUGCCAAAAAAACUCAAACAAUUAGCCAUCAUCCCUUACCCUGCUCCAGCGCCACCACUGGGGCUAGUACUAAUGUUUAUUUGGGAUCAAAAAAGAAUGGGCAAAAAUUGUGAAAAUAAGAUAUAGCAAAGGUGACUCAAUGCAGAUUCCCAGAAAAAAUACUUUUCCUCAUUGUAGAAGAUCUGGAAAAAUGCAGAAAAUACAAAGAAGAGUGAAACAAAUUCCAACAUUGCCCCCAUUUAUCUGUGUAGCCUCUGUUAAUAUUAUAUGCAAUUAUUUUAAAAACCUUUUCAAAAUUUUGGUCAUCUGUAUGUGUGUAUGUGUGUUUAUAUGUGUUUAUGUUAAUUUAUAGUCUGCUUUUCACUUAACAAAGUGUCAUGAAUUUUAUAUCAUAUAUUAUUUUAAAAACUGCAUAAUACAAAUGAACAAAAAUUUGUUUAAUUAGUCCCUUGUUGAAAACAUAGACUCAUUUUUUUCUAUUAUAAAUAAAACUUUAAUGAAUCUUC